AUGUCGCACAACGCUGACGAUGGCACGCAACAGCAACAGUCCUACUCCGAGCUCUAUGCUGCAAUAGCGCGCACAGCUACCCGCAGCCUCGCCCUCUACUUCUCCCGCCCCGUCAGGCUCUUCAGGCCUUCGAAAGUGAGCGGUUGGCAGUCCCUUCGCGGGCUAGCCGAUAGCCAUGGCCAGGCGCUCUCGCCCUCGUACCUCUCGUGGCUCGUCAGGGAACAUGGGUGGCUGGUGAUUCCGAAACACUUCCUGCCGCCGAUGCUCGUCAACGGCCUCCUAGGCUUCGUGCUCUGGUCGACCUACACCGAAGCGUCCAGCACGCUCGAGCCCUACCUCGCCUCGCAUCCCACCACCCUCGCUGCUAUAUCGGGCGCCACAGCCGGAGGCGCACAGGCCCUGCUCGCCGCCCCGGCCGAGAACAUGCGCUUCGCGCUCGAGGGCACUUCGCGUGCGACGGGGUGGAGCGACGCGUGGAAGGAGGUCUUCCGGCGCACGGAGCCCUCCUCGGACCUGCCGCGCCAAGAGCGGCUGCUCGAAGCGCGCCAGGUCAGGGACUGGAUGAAGGAAGUCGGGGAGAUGGCAGGCCGCGGCUGGGAGGGCUGGGGCUGGGGGUGUGCCAAAGAUAUCUGCGGUUUCGCGGUGUUCUUCGCCAUCUUCGAUGUCACGCGCCGGUGCGCGAUCGAGACGAAGACGCUCUCUCAAGAGUUUUUAGAACACACCCCCGCGGCAGACAAGCGACCCGGGGGGCUUCGCAGACAUACGCCGAGGAUAGUACACGCCACGACGCUCGUCGCGGGCGGAGCGAUCGCGGGCCUCGCGUACGAGCUGACCUGCCGUCCUUGGGACGCCGCUCGCAAAGCGGUGCAAAUCGACAGGCUGGCCCGCGCACGCGACCAGCACUCCAUCCCGGCCGUCAUCCUCCGCAAGAUGCACGAAGAGGGCGUGCGGUCGUUCUUCAGCAACCCUGCGCACGUUCCGCACGACCCCUCGGCAUCGCGGAUGCGCCGGCGCAUGAAUGCCGCCUUGCGCACGCUGGGCCGUGUCGGACCCUGGGGCGUUGGCUUUCUCGUGUGGGAAGCGUUUGGACCAGGCAUAUCUUAGCUACAUCAAUCGAUGCUCUCGAUCUACACAGUACUAUACUCGUUUCAAUUGAUCU